CUUGAGUCAUAGGUGUGUGCCGCGCUGGGGCUGUGGGAAUAAAAUGGCGGGGAAGAAGAAUGUUCUGUCGUCUCUGGCAGUUUAUGCGGAAGAUUCAGAGCCCGAGUCUGAUGGUGAGGGUGGAGUUGAAGCUGUCGGCAGCGCGGCUGAAGAGAAAAGUGGAUUGGUAUCUGAUGCCUAUGGAGAAGAUGACUUUUCUCGUCUAGGGGGUGAUGAAGAUGGUUAUGAGGAAGAGGAAGAUGAGAACAGCAAACAGUCGGAAGAUGACGAUUCAGAGACUGAAAAACCUGAGACUGAUGACCCAAAGGAUAAUGCAGAAGUAGAGAAGCGAGAUCCCCAGGAGUUAGUGGCCUCCUUUUCUGAAAGGGUGCGUAACAUGUCUCCUGAUGAAAUCAAGAUCCCACCAGAACCUCCAGGCAGGUGUUCGAAUCACUUACAGGAUAAGAUCCAGAAGCUUUAUGAAAGAAAGAUAAAGGAAGGAAUGGACAUGAACUAUAUCAUCCAAAGGAAGAAGGAAUUUCGGAACCCCAGCAUCUAUGAGAAGUUGAUCCAAUUCUGUGCCAUUGAUGAGCUAGGCACCAACUACCCAAAGGAUAUGUUUGACCCCCAUGGCUGGUCUGAGGACUCCUACUAUGAAGCAUUAGCCAAGGCCCAGAAGAUUGAAAUGGACAAAUUGGAAAAAGCCAAAAAGGAACGAACCAAAAUUGAGUUUGUGACGGGCACCAAGAAAGGCACCACAACCAACGCCACUGCCACCACUACUACUACUGCCAGCACAGCUGUCGCAGAUGCCCAAAAGAGAAAGAGCAAGUGGGACUCCGCCAUCCCAGUGACAACGAUAGCACAGCCCACCAUUCUCACCACCACAGCCACCCUGCCAGCCGUCGUCACUGUCACCACAAGUGCUAGUGGCUCCAAGACCACCGUCAUCUCUGCUGUGGGCACCAUCGUAAAGAAGGCCAAGCAGUGAUGGGGCCUGCUCCAGGAGCAGCCCAGGGACUGCUGCCCACUGGGAGGCACGACUGUACAUUUCAGGACUCGGACCUCCUCCCAGUGCCACCUAAGAGGAGCCUCUGUGACAUUCCGGCCAAAACAACAUUGUAGAGGGGGCUCAGGGUGCGGUGGACAUUCUGUCCACACGCCAUUUGGGGUCUCGCCUAUUACAAGGGCCAUGUUCUUACAUCCUGGCAUCUCUGUUUUCAGGCAGACGUGAAGCUCAAGAGCCCCUCCACCUUCUCAGCUGGGAUUAUUACCUCCAGACUGACAGGUGACAGCGCUGUAGUACGCUCGGAGGUGUGGCUCAGGAGGUCACCAUGAUCAUUCUCACUGUCUGCUCUUGGAAGGGCAGGUGGCAGCCCAGGACGGGGUGAUGCACCUUGCUCCCGCCGUCUGCUGCCCUGACUCUGAGACCAGAACUCCAGUUCUCGGGAAGAGCCAAGGCCUCUGCUCACUUGGGUGCAGUUGAGCACUCUCCAGACUGCUUCUUAGACGUGCCCAGAAUUUGGAAAUUGGGCUGGGUACCAGAAGAGCUAGGAUGAGAUCCCCAACUCACAGGGAGAGGAGGUCAAGGCUGCCCAGUCCCUCAGUGCCCAGCGAAUGUGGCCUGCAGGAUCCAAGCAGUGGGGAAGAUGAAUCACCUCCUGCUCUGGCCCAGCAGCAGCUCAUUGUUUAUGUGAAAGCCCCACUCCUGGGAGGGCUUCUGCCACCCCACCCUUCCCCUGUUGUUAUCUCUGCCCAGCAGCAGCCCCUGGGCAGCACUAAUGGCCAUUGGACUCCUCUGGGACCAGAGAGCUUUCUCAGCCAGUCAGCCAGGUCUGGAGAGGACAGGCUGCCUUUCGUGCUCUUUGGCAGCUCCCUUUCUACUGCAGCGGAAGGGCUGAGUGUCAGAGAAGGAAGCUGGACUGUGAAGAGCUCUAUCGCUUCCUCGGGGCCAGCAAGGACUGCGAGAUCAUCCUGAAAUUGUGCCUGGAAGUGUCGCCUGAGGAGUGUGACGGACUAUCCCUAAGGUCCCCUAAAUAAAAGUUGAGUCUCACUUGCCCCCUUCUCUUCUUGGUGGGACUUUGCAACCCCUGGGAGAGGAACCGCUGCCCAUUUGGCCCAGAAGGGUCUCUGAAAGGGGCUUCUGCCAUUUGCCAGGGCUCUGGAGGCCUAGGAGGCUGUGCAGCACAGCAGUGAAAGUGCACUUGGCACCUCUGGCCCACGUGUGUCCGUGUUGAAAAUGAGUUGUGAGGUCUGUGAGUUGUCUCCUCUGUCAAAUCACGGUAAUAAAGUUUCUAAGGUCUUGAAUUGU